AUGGACCAUCACACAAUCCAUAGUGACGUUACUGGUGAAACUGUCGGAGAGGGCUUUGAUGUCCCCGACGCUGUUCCAGAAUUCCCUUCUCACGAGGGACCACUAUUUCAACAAAACACCGCCGAGCAUGCCGAGCGGAACGGCGCAGCCUCCCGGUCCCGCUUUGCCGAACAUAUGAGACAGCCGCUGCCCUUUCCAUCACUCCCGGUGCAGGUUCCUGAUGACACUAAUGCAGUCCAUGGCAGCGGUCCCAGGGACCCAGAUGGACCGACCGUUGGCCCACUCGAAAGCAAUGCCGCCACGGCCCGUCACGAAACAGGAGAUAACAUCGUUGAACCUGGACAGGAAUCGUUCAAUCAGCAGGCAUCAGCACCUGAACAGCCCGCCCAACUCCGGCUACCCGACUUUGGAAACUUGGAUCCGAUCCAGGAAGUUCUCGAGUCUCUCAUCCCUGAGCAGCAAGCCAUUCUCCAAGGUUUCUUCACCAACAUGAACAACGCCUUCCUCGAGCUCGCCAACGACCCUCACCGGCCCCCCUUUACCGCUGAAGAGAUCCUCCAACAUUUUGGUGAUGUCCAAGAGGUUGAUGACACUAUGGAGGGCCUGGACUCAUUCAACCGCGCCCGCCUUGAAGAAUUCAUCUCCGACUUGGAGGGAGCAUUGAUUCGGUUGAAUUCACAACCACGUCGUUCCCCAGAGAGGGUCCAACAAGUCUCUGACCUCUUGGACCGUCUGAGCAGUGAUCCUAUUGCCUCUUCUUUAUCAUCUGAUAACUUUGACAAUGAUUCGUCCAAAUGCUCAAUUUGUCUGGCUUAUUAUGUCCCAGGGGAUCUCAACGUCAUUCUCCCAUGUCAUUCUUCCCACCAAUUCCACCGCAACUGCAUUGAAAAUUGGUUCCUUGACCACCUCAGCUGUCCAUUCUGCCGAAUGCCCAUUAACCUUGCCCACGUAGGCAGCGCAACGAGUUGA